AUGAAGCGCGGUGACCGUUGUCGUCUGCUGUCUCUCCCGGACGAGAUUCUCGAGUCCAUCCUCAGCACCGUCACGCACCCAUCCGACCGCUGCAACGUCGCUCUCGUCUGCUCUCGCCUCCGCCGCAUCUCGCGCCGCACGCCCCACACGCUCCUACUCAAGUUCAUGACUUAUCAACGCUGGCGCUUUAAAGUCCGGGAUUGGUUGGGCGAGUUCGACAUUAAGUCGAGGGCAUUUCCCCGCAUUACCAGUCUCACCGUCCACCUGUCGUCCUGCCUGCGAGACUACCUACUGGCGGGUAUUGGCGCCACGUGCGGGCAGCUGAAAGAGUUAAAGCUGUUGACGGUGGAUUGGGCGAGUUUUGAUGCCACUGCUAGUGGGUGGCGGUCGCUUGCUCGCCAAUGCCCCCAUCUGACCCAUCUCGAGCUCAACUCCCGGUUCGCCCGCGAUUCAUCGUAUCAGCGCUACGAAGACAGGCCCGCGCUGCCGCCUCUCCACGCCUUCCCCUCGCUCCGCGCCGUCACCCUCGGCGUCCACCCAAAGGAAAUCUCCCCCCUCCUCCGUUGCUCCGCGCUCACCUCUCUCUCGCUCUGGCAACCCACCGGCGGCAACCUUGCUUGCCUCGCAUCCCCCUCCUCCUCCUUCUGCUCGUCUCUCCAAUCCCUCACCAUUCAAUCUGCCAACCUAACCAACUACCUCCCCCGCAUCUCCUCGUUCACCCACCUCUCCUCUCUCUCCCUCCACUCCUGCACGUACAAUCCUGGCGAGCUUCUCUCCCUCUCGCGCUCCCUCCACUCCCUUACCCACCUCACAAUUGACGAUUGCCCGCUGGCCUGCUGCCGUGCUGUGGCAGCAAUGGUUCGAGCCAACCCCUCCCUCUCCAGCCUCUCUCUCUCCGGCAGCUCCUACCGUCUCUUCAGUUCCAAGCCCCUCUCAGCCGUGCUUCGUCUGUCCUCCCGUAAGCUGCAGAUGCUCACGCUUUCGGGUCUGCCGUCGUUCCGCCCGGGUAUGCUUGCGGGGUGCAGCAGCCUUGAGUCGCUCACUCUCGAACGAGGAGAGGGGUCGUGGGAAGAGCUGUUGGGCAUGUUCUUGCGGGUAGUCGAGGCGAAAGGAGGUACGGAAAGAGGUUCGGAUACGUCCGUGGGAGCAAGUGCGGGAGUGGGUGCGGAUACGCCUGCAGCUGCUCCUGCAGCAGUGCCGGAAGGGAGGAUCAAGGGAACCCGGCGCACUUACGUUGAUAUCCGCGCAGCAGCAGAAUCGGCGCGCGCGGACGCGGCCGCAACAUGGGGGGACUUGCGGCGGCUGCUCAAGGCGGCCGGGGACCUCACGUGCUCCGCGCACUCCGAAGCAGAGUCCGCGCGCCGACUCCACUUGCUGCGCGGAGUCAAGCCCGCGAUUCAAAUGGUUAUGAGCGCGCUUUCCGCCUGCCAGGCCGGGUCUACCACCGCGUGGGACGCGGACGUUGCAAGGGAGAGGGCGCGCGCUGUGAAACGCGUCUCUGCUGCUGCUGCUGCUGCCGGCGCGACGGGAGCUUUCUCGGCGGAGAUUUACAGCGAGGAGGAAGAGGGAGAGGGAGGGGGAAAGUGCGAGGGCGAGGGAGAGGGCGAGGGAGAGGGAGAGGGAGACGCGGGGUUGGGAGGAGACGUGGUGACUUUUUCCGAUGAGGAGUAUCGCGCGGGGGCCACCCCGGAUGCGAUUCACAGCUUCAUGUGGGAGCAGGAUCCCAGUGACGGCAUGCCCGAGGCCUCGCGGGAAGAGCUGCUGGCGAUGCUGAAUGCUCUGUCGGGGCAGCUGCGCCCGCGUCUCACGGCCAUGCAUGAGAACGUGGAGUUGGUGCUUGCGGGGGAGAAUGUCGAGGGCGGGGCAGCUGCGGCACUAGCAGCCGCGGCUGGGGCGGCAGCAGCGGCGGGUGGGGCGGCCGCAGCAACAGCAGGUGGGGCGGCAGCAGCAGCGGGUGGGGCGGCAGCAGCAGCGGGUGGGGCAGCAGCAGCAGCGGGUGGGGUGGUAGCAGCAGCAGGUGGAGCGGCAGCAGCAGUGGGUGGGGCGGCAGCAGCAGCGAGCGAAGCGGCAGGGGGUUCCCCAGGCGGGGAGCUACAGGUGGAAGCUUCACAGGGGCAGGGCGUGCAAGAGAGAGUGCAGAGAGAGGGAGUGCAAGAGGAGGGUGCACAACGGGAGAAUUCUCUCGAACAGAGGAGUCAAGAAGGUUCAGGCAGCAGCAGGCUAGCAGCAGCUAAGGCGCAUCUAGAAUUUGAAAGGGCCACGCCAGUGGAAGUGGUCUGCCCUUGCCUGGCCUCUCUGGUCCUCGAAGACAUUCAGUUUAUCCCUCUCUCUGAGCCUGCUUCUGAAAGUCUUCCCUCUACAUGCCCCCUCCUGGUUCCAGUUUCCCGUACUCCUCCCUGCUCCAAGUUUCGCCCCUCAACCUCCGUAUCCUUCCCUGGUUCCACCAUAAGUGCUUCUCCCGGUCAGCAGCAGCAGCAGCACCCGUUUGAAAGCAUUGCCCUGGCGGCUGUGUUUGGCGGGCUGCGGCGGUUGGCAGUGGUGCAGUGCGGUGGGGUGGGGGAGGAGCAGCUGAGGGCAGUGCUGCGUGCAUGCCAGGUGUUGGUGGAGCUGAGAGUAGAGCACUGCCACGCCAUGUCCGAUAAAGUGCUGCUCUCAUGCCCAAUCGACACUCUCACUCAUGCCACACUCGUUGCUUGCAACGGGGUCACGUCUGCUGGGGCUUGGACUGCUCUCGCUCUCUCGUCCCCUGCCCCUUCUGUCGCCUUUUCCGCCUUGUUACAAUCACUUCAGCGAACCGGUUCUCAUCAGCACCACCCUUUCUUCGCACGUCCCAUCAACUCAACUCCUCCCUCCCCGGUCUCUCCCCGGCCACCUCCUUCCAGCCAGCUGAGUCAUGUGGAGCUCAGUUCCCGGUUCGCCCGCGAUACAUCCCGUCACCGCUACGAGGAUAGAGACGCCUUGCCGCCUCUCCACGCCUUCCCUUCCCUUCGCGCCGUCACCCUCGGCUUUCACUGCAAGGAAAUUCUCCCGCUGCUCCGAUGCUCCGCGCUCACCUCGCUCUCCCUCUGGCAGCCCAUCGGCGGCGACCUUGCUUGCAUCGCCUCCUCCUCCUCCUCCUUCCGCUCUUCUCUCCAAUCCCUCACUGUCGAGUCGGCCUACCUGACCAACAACCUUCCUCGCGCCUCCUCAUUCACGUCCCUCUCCUCCCUCUCCCUCCACUCCUGCACAUUCAACCCGGGCGAGCUUCACUCCGUCUCGCGCUCCCUCCACUCCCUCACGCACCUCACCAUCGACGAUUGCCCGCUGGUGUGCGGCCGUGCCGUGGCAGCAAUGGUUCGAGCAAACCCUUCCCUCUCCACACUCGCUCUCUCCGGCACCACGUACCGUCUUUUCAGUCCCAGUUCCCUCUCAACCCUGCUUCGUCUGUCCUCCCGUAAGCUGCAAACUCUCACGCUUUCGGGCCUGCCGUCGUUCCGCCCGGGUAUGCUUGCGGGGUGCAGCAGCCUUGAGUCGCUCACUCUCGAACGAGCAGAGGGGUCGCUGGAAGGGCUGCUGGGCAUGCUCGUCAGGGCGGAGGAGGCCGGGCGAGUGUGGGUGGAACGAGGUGCAAAUACCCCUGCGGGCGCGGGUGCGGGUGCGGGUGCGAGUGUGGGUGCGGUGUGGGUGCGGGAACGGGAACGGGUGCGGGUGCGGGAACAGGUGCCCCGGCAGCUGCUGCUCGUGCAGCGGCGGCGGAGGGGAGGAUUAACGGGCCGGCGCACCUACGUCGAUAUCCGCGCAGCAGCAGCGUCGGCGCGCGCCGACGAGGCGUCAGCAUGGAGGGACAUGAGACGGCUAGUCAAGGCGGGGGGGGACCUCGUGCGCGCUGUGCAGUCGGAAAUCAACGCCGCGGUGUGCGACACAGACAUCGCCAUUAAAUUGGUCAUCGACGCUGUUUCCGCCUGCCAGUCCGCAACCGCGGGCGUCUGCGACGCGAGAGCUGCGAGAGAUAGGGCACGCGCUGUGGCACGACUCUCUGCCGUCCCUGCUGCUGCUGCUGCCGGCACGGCAGGAGUUUUCACAGCGGUGUUUCACGAAGAGGAGGAGGAGGAGGAGGAGGAGGAGGAGGAAGAGGGAGAUGCAGACCUAGGAGUGUGGAGCCCGGUGGUGUUUACAGACGAGGAGUAUCGUGCUGGGGCAACCGCCGGUAUGAUUGAAAAAUGGAUGUGGGAGGUGUCUCGUGACGGCAUGCCCCAGUUGUCGCUUGAAGAGUUUUGCGCGAUGCGCGAUGCCUUGUCACAGCAGCUGCGGCCGCAUUUCACGGCCAUGCAUGAGAGUGUUGACGCGCUGUAUGCGGGGGAGGAUGUUGAGGGCGGGAUGGUUGGGGCGGUAGCAGCAGCAGCGGGUGGGGUGAUAGCAGCGGCAGGUGGGGCUCCAGCAGUGGUUGGGACGGCGGCAGCAGUGGCAGCAGCAUUGGGUGAAGUGGCAGGGGGUACCCCUGGGGUGGAGCAACAGGUGGAAGCUGCACAAGGGCAGGGCGUGCACGAGAGAGAGGGAGUGCAAGAGAGAGUGAAGAGCGAGGGAGUGCAAGAGAGAGUGGAGAGCGAGGGAGUGCAAGAGAGAGUGCAGGUGGAAGAGGAGGGAGGCCAAUGGGAGGGAUCUCUAGGGGAGGAAAGGCGAGAAAGGGCACAGAGCAGCAGGCUGGCAUCAGCUAAGGCGUGCGAAGGAUCUGAGAGGGCCACGCCAGUGGAAGUGAUCUGCCCUUGCCUGGCUUCUCUGGUUCUGAAAAGCAUCGAAUUCAUCCCUCCUUCCGAGCCUACUUCUGAAAACCUUCCCUCUACAUGCCCCCUCCUGGUUCCAGUUUCCCGUUCUCCUCCUUGCUCCACAUUUCGCCCCUCAACCUCCCUCUCCUCCCUUCAUUCCACCCCAAGUGCUCCUCCCAGUCAGCAGCAGCACCCGUUUGAAAGCAUUGCCCUGGCGGCUGUGUUUGGCGGGCUGAGGCGGUUGGCAGUGGUGCAGUGCGGUGGGGUGGGGGAGGAGCAGCUGAGGGCAGUGCUGCGUGCAUGCCGGGUGUUGGUGGAGCUGAGAGUAGAGCGCUGUGAUGCCAUGUCCGAUAAAGUGCUGCUCUCAUGCCCAAUCGACACUCUCACUCAUGCCACUCUCAUUGCUUGCAACGGGAUCACUGCUGCUGGGGUGAUCGGGUUGCUUGGAAGCUUCCCAAGGCUGAGGCAGUUGAAGAUGGAAGCAGGAAAGGUUCCUGAACGGGCUCGGAGGAAGUUGCUUCGUGCUGGUGUGGUCGUCAGGGGGGUGUGA